CGCCAUUUUGGACGGAGGCGGAGAGCGGGGCGGUGGCGGCGGCGCGGGCAGGGGCUGCUGAGUUGCCAUGGGGAACACCACCAGUGAGCGAGUGUCUGGGGAACGCCAUGGCUCCAAGUCCCACCGCUCGGAUGGCUCUGGGACCCCUCACUCCACCAAGGAGCACCCACACAAGAUCAUGGUGGGCAGCACUGAUGACCCCAGUGUUUUCAGCUCUCAUGACUCAAAGAUUUCUGGGGACAAGGAGUUUGUGUCGUGGCAGCCAGAUCUAGAGGAGUCGGUGAAACCAUCCCAACAGGCUCGUCCCACUGUCAUCCGCUGGGCUGAUGGAGGCAAAGAGGUCUUCAUCUCUGGAUCCUUCAACAACUGGAGCACCAAGAUCCCACUCAUCAAGAGCCACAAUGACUUUGUUGCUAUCCUGGACCUUCCAGAGGGGGAGCACCAGUACAAAUUUUUUGUGGAUGGCCAGUGGGUCCAUGACCCAUCUGAGCCUGUGGUCACCAGCCAGAUGGGGACAAUUAACAACCUGAUCCAUGUCAAGAAGUCUGACUUCGAGGUGUUUGAUGCUCUGAAGGUGGAUUCCCUGGAAAGCUCCGAAACCUCAGGUCGGGACUUAUCAAGCUCACCACCUGGACCUUAUGGCCAGGAGAUGUAUGUUUACCGGCCUGAGGAGCGCUUCAAAUCGCCCCCCAUCCUCCCACCUCACCUCCUCCAGGUCAUCCUGAACAAGGACACCAACAUCUCGUGUGAUCCAGCACUGCUGCCUGAACCCAACCACGUCAUGCUCAAUCACCUCUACGCGCUCUCCAUCAAGGACGGGGUGAUGGUGCUCAGUGCCACGCACCGCUACAAGAAGAAAUACGUGACCACGCUGCUGUACAAGCCCAUCUGAGGCAGGCCCUGGCCGCCGCCCGGACACCGACGCCGCUUCGUCUGCACACGCUGGGCCACGGGACUGUGUGAGGACUGGCCGCUGGCCCCAGCCUCCCGCCUGGCAGGGACGCAGCCCUGGCAGCGAGCCCAGGGCUGCUGGGGCCUGUGGCACUGUCCCAUCUGGUGUGGUUUGAUUUAGCCCUUGGUCUUUGCCCACCUACAGCUCCCCUUGGCUUCUGCAAGUCUCCGGGGCCACUUUUGCUGCUCACCAAGACCAGCCUUUCCUCACGCCCAACACAGAAGAGGCUUGACCCUGCCCGUCCUCUGCAGCCAGCAAGGGUCCCUCUGAGGCAGCCCUGGCCUCCUGGAAGGGGUCCUACCUGCUGACUCUCGAAGGCCACCUUGAUCCCCAGGGCCUCUGGGACACCCCAGCCUGCCCGCUGUCCCCCAGCCCUGGCCGUGGGGCUGCCCCCCUCCUUCCUUCUGCUCCCCAGCUUUGAGGAGGGCUCUGGCUGCAGCCCCAGCCCCUCUGCCAGCUUCAGCAUAGAGGCAAGGGGAGGGGGGCACAGCCACGCUUACCUGCUGCACCAAGGCCCCCGCUGGCCCCACCAAGCAGAAGCACAGGCCAGGGGCUCCUGCCCUGGAGGGGCCUGGCAGGGCCCCCCGGGCCCCUCGCACCGCCUGCUGCCGAGCAGCCACACCUCACAGGGGGCUCUCUAUUUAUUACAGUAUUUAUUGUUCUCGGU